AAGCCAUCAAUGUCAUCACCUCUCAUAAACACUACCAUCUUCUUCUUAAUUGCUUUUAAUUCUUGUGAUCUCAAUCUCAUUCCCUUUUUUUCAAUCUUCAACUUCCUUUCUCUUUCAUCCACUUGCAUGAACUUUGUGUUUGCAUGGAGUUCUCGUCAUCUUUCAUUUGAAUGCUCGAGUUUUAUGUGAAAUUAUGAAGAAUAGGUGAAAAGAUGGUCACAGCAGAUAUGAGGGCUGCGUGGCAGAGAGCUGUUAACCGUUGCUUUGUCCAAGAAGACACAAAAAGAGCUCCCAAGUUGGCUUAUUGUCAAUCUUCAUGCGCAACAUCAAAAUUGGUUAAUGCUGAACCAGCCAGUGCUGCUGAUGAAUCUGAUCAUGUUGCUGUUAAUGUUACCCAUUUUAACCAGAACUCUUCAUUCUCUAUUGCAACUCCUGACUCAAGAUGGUGGUUGCAAUUGCAACCUAACUAUGGCUUUCAAAAAGGUUUAUCAUAUGAAAACUUAAAUGGAUUGGAGGAUCGAGUUGAAGAUUUGAAAGUUAGUAAUGAAAAUAAGACAUGUAAAGGAGAUGCUACACAUGACUAUAGUAAAAAUUCUCAAGCAUAUCCUCAGCUAGUGGAUAUGAUAGCUAAACAUGAGAAAAUGGAGACUGAUUCUGUUGGUUGUUCAGAGUCCAAGCAAACAAAUGAUUUAUCCUUUGAUUCUGAUUAUUCUUGGAUUGGAGUUGAGAAGGCACGGCCAUGGUGGAGAACUACAGAUAGAGAUGAGUUAGCUUCUUUGGUUUCGUGCAAAUCAUUCAACCAUGUUGAGAAUUGUGACCUUCCACCUCCACAGAAGUAUCUCGGAGGACAAUCAUGUGCUGAUAUCAGUGAUAUCAAAAUAAGAACAACAUCUUCCGACUGGCAAGCCAAAUCCAGUGUCUUUUCCAAUUUCAGUGUUCAAGCAAAGGAAAGUUUAGGAUCAGGGUUGAUGCAUAGGAAGCUGGGGCCUUCAACCAAUAAAGGGCGCGUACAUGUUGAUUGUGACAAAUAUUCAAGUUAUCCCACCAUCCAUGGGGGUGUCACAGUCACAGAACAAGAUUUUGAGGGAGACCAUCCUAGUAAAGCUCAACUUAUGGAAGCAUUGUGCCAUUCCCAAACACGUGCAAGGGAAGCAGAGGAGAUAGCAAAACAGGCUUGUGCCGAAAAGGAGCACAUCAUUGCACUCUUCUUCAUACAGGCUUCACAACUUUUUGCCUAUAAACAAUGGUUUCAACUGUUGCAGCUGAAAGAUCUUAACCCUCAUGAGGACCAGCCAAUCUCUACUCCCUUUCCUGUGGCUCUUCCAUGGAUAGGUAGGAAACCAUGCAAGAAAAAGAUAAAAUUUGGCAAUGCCAAACAAGAAAUGCUUGGCAACACAAAAAGUGACAUUACAUCAUAUGCUGUUGCAUUUGCUUUAGGAUUGAGUCUUGUUGGAGCUGGCUUACUCUUAGGAUGGGCAGUUGGUUGCAUGUUACCUUGUUCAUAGUUUUGUAGGAUUUAGAGCCUUGCUUUGCAUGAAGAUUGGUAAACAAAGGAAAUUGGUUAUAUUAGAGAAAGAAGCUCAAUUUGUUCCAUCAAAUGUGUAUGUAGAAAUGUGUAUGUAGUUUUGUAGAUCUGUUGGUGAGUAACGUACAUUCUGCAUUGCAUUUUUUAAACGAGUACUAUUAGUUAUGUACAUAAAUAUAUGUAUUUCUUUGAAUCU